CCCCUCCUCAGGCAGCCCCCCCGUUUCCUAGCCUCGCUGGCUGACGCCCUGGGUUUCCACGCCCUGCGUUUCUAGCCUCCGUGCAUUUGCUCAGGCUGUGCCGGGAAGGGCAUUCUCCGUCUUUGCCCUCGGAGCCUCAGCUCAAGGCUUGGCCCUUGGGAGAGCCCUCUGCCCUCCCCCUCCUCUGCAUCUUUGGUCCCCGUCACCCAGCCUUGCUCAUCUUAGUGACAGCCCGCCAUUUGUUCACCAGAGUGGACCUUAAGGCACGUGCUACUCCUGGCCAUUGUCCAGAUGAGGAAACUGAGGCUGGGGACAUGAGGCGUCCAACCCAGCUGGAGUCCCAUUCCAGGGAUUCCAGGGCCUCCUCCUCCCUGUUGGAGGCCCUCCUUGGUUUUGUAGCCCUGCCCGGGGCUACGGGGGGGAUGGCCAAGCCCUGGGGAGCUCCUCUCAUGGUGUGUUUUUCCUCUCCAGCUCCGCCUUCUCAACGCUCAAGAGAAGGGAGCUUUGCGGCAAUAGCCAUGGCCCCUUUGUUCCCCAGAUCCAGAGCCCACGAGGAGCCAGUGACCUUCCAGGAUGUGGCGGUGGUCUUCACACAGGAGCAGUGGGGAUACCUGGACCCUUCUCAGAAGGAGCUGUACCGGGACGUGAUGCUGGAGAACUAUCAGAACCUGCUCUGCCUGGGACUGGCCGUGUCCAAGCCCGAGGUAGUCUGCCAGCUGGAGCGAGGGGAGGCUCCUUGGAGGCCAGAGGGGAGAGUCCCAGGGAGCAGCCAUCCAGGUGGGGAGGUGAGGCCUGAAACCAAGGAGUCACCCCCAGAGCUGGGCAUUUCUGUGGAGCAGUCAUCAGGCCAGGACAGACUCAGGAGGCAUGGUCUCUGUGUCUCCAGCUGGAAAGAAGCCUGGGCACGUGGUGCCAGAUUAGGGAGGCAGCAGAGCAUUGAGGAGAGAAAUCCUCAGCAAGUAGUGAAGGGCCCUGAAUGGCACAAUUAUGGCCAGAGCUCCAGGCCAGAACCAAAGCUUUUCUCACAGCAGAGAGUGUCUAUGGAAAAAACUCUCCACAAGUGUGAUACAGAAUGUAGUAGAGUCUGCUCAAAGGAGAUAUUUUCUAAGUAUGAUGAAUGUGGGGAUUCCUUCAAUUCUAAAUCAGAGUGUAAUGAAUAUCAUGGACAACAUGCUGGAGAGAAACCAUGUGACAGAUGUGGAAAGACCAUUCCUCUUGGUCCAUUCAUUAAUUCCUAUCAGGCAACUGGUAUUGGAGAAAAAAAGCCCAAAUGUAACACAUUAGAGAAGACUUCUCCCCAGAUUGUACCACAACUGAUUGAGCAUUGGAGUGUUUGUGAACAUAGUGAAUAUGGGGAGCCUUUAACCCACGGUUCCUCUGUUACUUCGUAUCAAAGCGAUCAUAGAGAGAAGAAACCUGAUGAAUGUGGGAAGGCCUUCCUCCAGAGUGCACAGCUUCAUUAUCAGCAGAUUCAUAUUGGAGAGAAACCUUACGAAUGUGAUGAAUGUGGGAAGGCCUUCCGCUUGAAAGGACAGCUUUCUCGACAUCAGAGAAUUCAUACUGGAGAGAAACCUUAUGAAUGCAAGGAAUGUGGGAAGGCCUUCUGCCAGAGUGCUCACCUUGCUCAACAUCAGAAGAUUCAUACUAGGGAAAAAACUCAUGAAUGUAAUGUAUGUGGGAAAUCCUUCUGCCAGAAUGCACACCUUAUUCGUCAUCAAAGAAUUCAUACUGGAGAGAAACCUUAUGAAUGUAAUGAAUGUGGGAAGGCCUUCCACUUGAGAGAACUCCUUAUUCUACAUCAGAGUAUUCAUACUGGAGUAAAGCUUCAUAAAUGUAAUGAGUGUGGGAAGGCCUUCAACCAGAGAGGGCAUCUUACUGGACACCAGAGAAUUCACACUGGAGAGAAACCUUAUGAAUGUCAUAAGUGUGAGAAGACCUUCAGCCUGAAAGGGUCACUUACUCGCCAUCAGAGUAACAGAAGUCAUUCCACCUUUGGAAAUUAACCUACCUAGAGUUACACUAUACCUAUUAAAAAACAUUUAGAAUGCUCUGAGUGGAAUAAAGCAAGAGCUUCGUAGCUGGAAUGGAUUUAGUAUGUACCAAAUGGAUGGGUCAGGUAAAUAGAGGGUGCUUAGUGGCAUCGCUGUGCACUUGUUGAAAGGGCAGACGGAAGAAAGGCACAGGUUUGCAUUCAUUUUGUUGUGAAACCUAUGUAUGAUUCGUGAUUAUGGCCCCAUUUUGAAAACAGAAGACUAACAGUAGAUUGGGGGUUGGGAUCCAAGCCCUGCACAAGGAAAUGUCCUUGUCUCUGGGGUUGCUCCCAAAGUUAUCACUGCCAAGAACCCUGAGACACAAGGCUCUUCUGCUAAGUCAACCACAGGAAUUGAUGAGAAGUGAGAUUAAGUCAUUAAAAUGUAGCCUUUAGCAGA